AUGUCAUCCAAGUCUCCAUACGGUGGCAAGUUUCACUCUAAGGCUCCUUAUCAAUAUGCCCCACAUACUACUGAAUCCGAUUCAGUGAAAGAAGAAAAAAAUAAUGAUAUGCCAAAAACUACUUCAGAGAACUUUGAAAGAGCACUAAAGUUUGUUGAGGCAUCUAAUGUUUUCAACGAAAGCAUCAAAAGUGAUAUUGAUCUCUGCAAAGCAAUUGCGUUUGGUAUGGCAUCUGAUAUUGAUUUUAGUGAAAGAAUUGCUCCAAUAAUUAAUAAUACACUUGUUAAUGUGCUUGUUUCGAAAAGUACCAAAAAUACACGCAAGCAAAUAAAGAAGAAAGAGUGA